AUGGAUAUCAGUCAGAGUAGUAGUUUUAAAUGUAAGAAAUGGACAUUAUUUGGCGUGAGCAUAUUUUCGGUGGUAGCCACCUUGCUCGUAACGGCUAUUUAUGGCAAUCUGGGGAUCGGUAUGAUAAUCACCCUGGGCCUAAUCGGCAGUGCCCUGAACUCGAUUGGCGCAUUUGGCGCCUAUAAGGAACACUAUGGCCUAACCAUGGCGUUUGCCAUACUGGCCCUUUUGGGAACGUUAGGCAGUCUGGGGACUACCAUAAGAAACGGCUCUAAUGCUCCCGCAUUCAUACUAAACCUGGUGAUCACUGUGCUGGCGUUUUCAUUCGCUAAUGAUUUGAACAAGAUUAAAUUGCAGCAAUUGCCUACGACAGUCAUGCCCGGUCAAUACCCGGCUGUAGUUACUAUUGUGGGACCUCCCGGUGCUGUAACUCCCGCUCCUCCACCCGAGUAUUCAGAGAAAGAAAAGAAAAAUAUUCCAUAAAUAAUGUCUGUAUUUGUAUUGGAAUUGUCAGAAAAUACCUAGCUACCCUAUUUUUGAUUAUGAAUAAAAUUCUAAAUUUAAUGCAAU